CCUCAGAACAGACUGUCUCGUCGCAGCAGCUGUGACGGCGUGGGUACUUUCAUCACUGAAGAUUCCUGCUCAAGUUUCUCUUGAUGGUGAAGGCUUGAGAUUAAACAGUCAUGUUCAACAGGCAGCCUCGGCGGCAAUAACGUCAUGGGUAACGUCAUCACAAGUAAAAACAGAUUCCUGGAUCUCAGAAACCAGUCUCUCCGGUUCAGUGAUGAACAUGACGAUCACAUAACGCUCAGCGAGGACAAGAGGACAGCGCAUUUGAGCUUGAACACCAGUCAAUCGGACGAGAGCGGGCGGUGCUAUUCCAACCGAACGCUUCACGCCUACGAGCUUGUCCGAUUGUCGAUCCGAGGAUCCGGGUUCUUUGACCUCGGUUUGACCAACGUCCACCCUGCUCAGCUGUACAAUAACAGAAAUUUCAUCUUUAAAUACAUCGUCAGUAAAGUGUUGUAUUUCGACCCAAUCGUACUGGAAUUGUACAUCACACCGGAAGGAAACGUUUGCCUAACCGAUGGCAGUGAUCCGGAAGUUAGUAUCGCACUCGGCACCCCGGCGAAUACUCAUUGGCUGGCGAUGAAACUUGGGUGUGGAGAAAUAACAGUUACAUUUUUAUCAGAAGGUGAAGCAACUUCCAGUUCAGAGUCGGAAUCGGAGUCAACUUCAGAAUCGGAAUCAAGUAAUCAUCAAUAAAUGUUGCUAUGGUAUCGAUUUUGUAAAGACACUUAUGUUUCAUCAUUUUCAAAGGAAGGAGAGAGAUUGUAUCUUUGCUCAUUCGUGAUCUGUUUAUGUUUUAGGAGUAAGUGUGUUUCAAUUACCUGUGUAUCAUACAACUGUGUGAGAACUGUUGUUUUAUUAAACGAUUAUUAGA